AUGGACGCGCGCGCGAUUUCUGAGCGGUGGAUAUGUACGCGAGGGCUAAACGCAAAGGAUCUCCCACCGCUGGAGAUCAUGGCGAUGGUCGCGAGAAAAAAAGGAAUCCUGCCUAGCGCCCAAAAACAUUUCAACGGGAGGCGGAUUCAGCAGCGGCAGAGAACCAAAACGUUAGCAUACCUGGCAUCUUUAUCGCUGGACGAGGGUUCUAUCGCUUCCACCGUGGAAAUGUGGCAGGACGACGGCUCCGACUCAGACGCGUCAGUGGUCCUCUCUUUGUCCUCUCCACUGAAUGCGACACGGUUCCAGCCACCACGUGACGCUAAAGCGGCUGGUGAGCUUGACGUCAGUGUCGACUCGUAUUUGGCCUUCUCCCAGAGUUAUUGGUGCUCCCAAUCAUCUCAAGCGGCUUCACCAUGUGACGCAAGGCCUGUCGCCUCGUUGGAUAGUUCAGCCACGUGCAGCUCACCGGGUUUUGAGAUCCUCCAGAUGAAAUACCCACCGAAAGACCCGAACUCGUGGGAACCGGCCAGCUGGCCCCGUGAUGUUGAGCGCCUACAUACACAGAUCAAGCCGAUCUAUUGCAAGUUUCCUUCGGUUUCGAUGGGUGGAAUGUGCCGCUGCAAACAAUCGUGUACUACGGCCUCUUGUGAGAACGCAAAGAAUAACCGAUUCUGUUGUCGCAACAACUGCUCGUUCGCUGGUAUGUGUGGAAACGCACUAAAAGAGAGCAAACGAAUCACUAUUUGCAAGAGUCCUUAUAAAGGAGGGCUCGGCUUAGUGGCCUCACGUGCAAUACCGAGGGACACAAUAAUUGGUGAGUACUUUGGCAACAUCGAGCUGUUCGGUCCUCCGCGUGCGAAUGGGUAUCCAAACAAUGACUACAUACUGCACUUGAAGACGCCUUCCGAGUCUGGAAAGCGAUACGGGAUCGAUGCCAGCGUGGCUGGCGGUCUAUUUCGACUCGCCAACCACGCCUGUAAUCCCUGUGCUGCGUUUCACGAGGAACGAGUGGGAGCGGACAACUAUCCACUACAACUCACGUCGUGGAAGGAGCUCUCUCGAGAGAAUUUAGAAUCGCUGCGUCGCAAAUUCAAAACCCUAUAUAACAAGCCGAAGCCGUCGGGCAACGGGGAGGUGAAACCUGCCCACAAGGCGAUACUGUGGGCCAUAUGCAUCCAGAUGGAGAUUGAAGAGAAGGUGGGGUCUCACACUACCUUUGACGGUGCUGAUGAAGACGAGGACUCGGGAAACAGAGGUAAUUCUGGCUCUAAUAACGGCGCUGAGACUGGCACUGGUGCCUCAAGCUGUCUCCCUGGCUCGACCAUCUACACUCCGCCUUCCUCGAACACUGGUGCAAUGCCUGACCCAGACGGCGCCGGUGUUCGUCGUGAUUCGAACAAUGACGGUGAUCCUGGAUCGAGCAUCGCAGGUCACGCAAGGCCGAGUUUCGUUUCUCCAGUUUCGCAACUCCACGGAGGCUUCUCCAAGAUGAGCAAUGACUGUCCAUUUACAACUAUAAACGACGGGGGAUCAGGGCAAAACACUCCAGCGAGUGCGGACGAAGAGAACGAGGCUUCGCCUGCCACGCAAGAACAAGACGCUAUUUCGCAACUGAGGCAGAUAUCACAGUCCCCUCGCAUGGACUCGAGCUUUCUGGGCGUCGCCGUUACGAGCUCAGGCACGUUUGAUGCUACGCUAACUGCUGCACUAGAGCUCUCCGACUCGGAUGAGGCACUGGAUGAAGAAGACAACGGCGUCUCCUAUGCGGAUGAGGUGAACGGCGAGGAAGUAGUCAGAGAUAUCAACACGCGUGGCAGUGUCAGUAGCCGCCUUGGAGGCCACGACCUUGGCGUCGUCGGAGACAACAUGCGUGAAUUGAGCAAACGCUCGACCUUGUCCGACGAUCUCGGAUUCGACACAUUCACUCAAGUUAAACGCUACAAGACUGCCAAGCAGCAGCCCGUGACGAAGCUCAGAAACGCGACAGAGAAAAGAGAGCGUGCGAGGCAAGAAGAACUUGACCGACUGCGCGAAGAGAGGGCGGUGCGGUUGGCACAAACCGAAAAGUGGCAGAAUGACAAAGAAGAAAGACGCCGUCAGUUCGACGAUCGCAUGGAGCUUGAACGUGCAGAAGCUCGAGAAUGCCAUUCCAAAAUGAUGAUGCCACUUGCCAAAAGUAGAGACAACCUCUUCGCUACUGGCCGCACGGACGGCAAUAGUUUGCGUAAGUCUCCUUCUUUCAGUGGAGUUAGAAUUUUCCCAGUAAUGGUUCCGCCGCUUGCCAAAGCGCUAUCAGCCACAACCCCGUAG